UUUCUAAGCAAGGCGAGCAGCAAGCACGAAGGCUCUCAGGAAGGAGUGUGCUUGGUGAGUUCUAAGAACAAGCAGGCCAGUGUAGCUGGAAAGUAGUGAGCAGGAGACCGUGGGCAGGAGAGGACAUGAGAGAGGUGACAGAGUGGAUCACUGAGGACCCUGCAAGUGGUGGCUGGAGUGCAUUGUGCAACCAUGGCUCACUGCAGCCUCGAACUUCUGGCCUCAAGCAAUCCUCUCACCUUGGCCUCCCAAAGUGCUGGGAUUACAGUUGACGUGGGAUUUCACCAUAUUGGCCAGGCUGGUCUCGAACUCCUCACCUCAUGAUCCACUGGCUUCUGCCUCCCAAAGUGCUGGGAUUACAGGUGUGAGCCACCGCACUGGCUUACCAAGGCAGACAAGUUCAUCUUCAAGAAAACUAAGAGAUCUCUUCCCCUGACAAAAAACAACUCCAUGUUUGAUGGGACUCAGACCUGGGCUCUUCUGUCACCUCUAGGUAGGGAGGUCUUUUGGAGAGCAAGCAUGUAGAGCGCAUGAAGUACAGGACAAUAAAGCUUCCUACACAUAUCAUCAGAAGGAUCUCUUUGAAAGAUUCACUGCAGGACUACCAGAGAGAAUAAUUUGUCUGAAGCAUCAUGUGUUGAAACAACAGAAGUCUAUUCACCUGUGCACUAACUAGAAACAGAAUUACAAUGUUUUCAAUUCUUUGAGCUCCAGGACUCCAGGAAAGUGAGUUGAAAAUCUGAAAAUGCGGCCAUGGACUGGUUCCUGGCGUUGGAUUAUGCUCAUUCUUUUUGCCUGGGGGACCUUGCUGUUUUAUAUAGGUGGUCAUUUGGUACGAGAUAAUGACCAUCCUGAUCACUCUAGCCGAGAACUGUCCAAGAUUCUGGCAAAGCUUGAACGCUUAAAACAGCAGAAUGAAGACUUGAGGCGAAUGGCCGAAUCUCUCCGGAUACCAGAAGGCCCUAUUGAUCAGGGGCCAGCUAUAGGAAGAGUACGUGUUUUAGAAGAGCAGCUUGUUAAGGCCAAAGAACAGAUUGAAAAUUACAAGAAACAGACCAGAAAUGGUCUGGGGAAGGAUCAUGAAAUCCUGAGGAGGAGGAUUGAAAAUGGAGCUAAAGAGCUCUGGUUUUUCCUACAGAGUGAAUUGAAGAAAUUAAAGAACUUAGAAGGAAAUGAACUCCAAAGACAUGCAGAUGAAUUUCUUUUGGAUUUAGGACAUCAUGAAAGGUCUAUAAUGACGGAUCUAUACUACCUCAGUCAGACAGAUGGAGCAGGUGAUUGGCGGGAAAAAGAGGCCAAAGAUCUGACAGAACUGGUUCAGCGGAGAAUAACAUAUCUUCAGAAUCCCAAGGACUGCAGCAAAGCCAAGAAGCUGGUGUGUAAUAUCAACAAAGGCUGUGGCUAUGGCUGUCAGCUCCAUCAUGUGGUCUACUGCUUCAUGAUUGCAUAUGGCACCCAGCGAACACUCAUCUUGGAAUCUCAGAAUUGGCGCUAUGCUACUGGUGGAUGGGAGACUGUAUUUAGGCCUGUAAGUGAGACAUGCACAGACAGAUCUGGCAUCUCCACUGGACACUGGUCAGGUGAAGUGAAGGACAAAAAUGUUCAAGUGGUCGAGCUUCCCAUUGUAGACAGUCUUCAUCCCCGUCCUCCAUAUUUACCCUUGGCUGUACCAGAAGACCUCGCAGAUCGACUUGUACGAGUGCAUGGUGACCCUGCAGUGUGGUGGGUGUCUCAGUUUGUCAAAUACUUGAUCCGCCCACAGCCUUGGCUAGAAAAAGAAAUAGAAGAAGCCACCAAGAAGCUUGGCUUCAAACAUCCAGUUAUUGGAGUCCAUGUCAGACGCACAGACAAAGUGGGAACAGAAGCUGCCUUCCAUCCCAUUGAAGAGUACAUGGUGCAUGUUGAAGAACAUUUUCAGCUUCUUGCACGCAGAAUGCAAGUGGACAAAAAAAGAGUGUAUUUGGCCACAGAUGACCCUUCUUUAUUAAAGGAGGCAAAAACAAAGUACCCCAAUUAUGAAUUUAUUAGUGAUAACUCUAUUUCCUGGUCAGCUGGACUGCACAAUCGAUACACAGAAAAUUCACUUCGUGGAGUGAUCCUGGAUAUACAUUUUCUCUCUCAGGCAGACUUCCUAGUGUGUACUUUUUCAUCCCAGGUCUGUCGAGUUGCUUAUGAAAUUAUGCAAACACUACAUCCUGAUGCCUCUGCAAACUUCCAUUCUUUAGAUGACAUCUACUAUUUUGGGGGCCAGAAUGCCCACAAUCAAAUUGCCAUUUAUGCUCACCAACCCCGAACUGCAGAUGAAAUUCCCAUGGAACCUGGAGAUAUCAUUGGUGUGGCUGGAAAUCAUUGGGAUGGCUAUUCUAAAGGUGUCAACAGGAAAUUGGGAAGGACGGGCCUAUAUCCCUCCUACAAAGUUCGAGAGAAGAUAGAAACGGUCAAGUACCCCACAUAUCCUGAGGCUGAGAAAUAAAGCUCAGAUGGAAGAGAUAAACGACCAAACUCAGUUCGACCAAACUCAGUUCAAACCAUUUGAGCCAAACUGUAGAUGAAGAGGGCUCUGAUCUAACAAAAUAAGGUUAUAUGAGUAGAUACUCUUAGCACCAAGAGCAGCUGGGAACUGACAGAGGCUUCAAUUGGUGGAAUUCCUCUUUAACAAGGGCUGCAAUGCCCUCAUACCCAUGCACAGUACAAUAAUGUACUCACAUAUAACAUGCAAACAGGUUGUUUUCUACUUUGCCCCUUUCUUUCAAUAUGUCCCCAUAAGACAAACACUGCCAUAUUGUGUAAUUUAAGUGACACAGACAUUUUGUGUGAGACUUAAAACAUGGUGCCUAUAUCUGAGAGACCUAUGUGAACUAUUGAGAAGACCUGAACAGCUCCUUACUCUGAGGAAGUUGAUUCUUAUUUGGUGGUGGUAUUGUGACCACUGAAUUCACUCCAGUCAACAGAUUCAGAAUGAGAAUGGACGUUUGGUUUUUUUGUUUUUGUUUUUGUUUUUGUUUUUUUCCUUUAUAAGGUUGUCUGGUUUUUUUUUUUUAAAUAAUUGCAUCAGUUCAUUGACCUCAUCAUUAAUAAGUGAAGAAUACAUCAGAAAAUAAAAUAUUCACUCUCCAUUAGAAAAUUUUGUAAAACAAUGCCAUGAACAAAUUCUUUAGUACUCAAUGUUUCUGGACAUUCUCUUUGAUAACAAAAAAUAAAUUUUAAAAAGGAA